GAUUUGACAUGUUUUUAGGGUUGCAUGAUCUCAGUUGCUCUCAGGCCUAAGGGUCUGCCCCCAGCUAAUCUCCACCACAAGAUCAGACCUUCGAUGGGACCCGCUCAUGGAAUUUUGAAUGAGUGCGUAACACUCUAGUGUAACUUCCCCCUCCCCUACCAGUCUAAUCUCGAUCAUCUCCGAGCUCAACUCAAAAUACAAAAUAAUCAACCUCCAGAGAGAGAGAGAGAGAGAGAGAGAGAGGGAGGCAGGAGAGAUGUCUUGCCUGGCUUCUUGCUGUGCGGCGUCGACAUGUGGUCUCUGCAGUUCAGUAGCAUCUGGGAUCUCGAAACGUUCCGCGAGGCUCGCCUACUGCGGCCUCUUUGGUACCUCUCUCAUCGUAUCCUUCGUUCUCCGAGAAGUCGCAGCUCCACUCCUUGAGAAAAUCCCUUGGAUAAGCACUUCCGACAGUCACUCAAAGGCAUGGUUUCAAACAAAUGCGGUUCUUCGUGUGAGCUUAGGGAAUUUCUUGUUUUUUGCAAUAUUUGCUCUUAUAAUGAUUGGUGUGAAAGACCAAAAUGAUAGACGCGAUUCAUGGCACCAUGGUGGAUGGAUUGCAAAGAUGGUGAUCUGGGCUUUGCUUGUUGUCCUCAUGUUUUUCCUCCCGAAUGUUAUCAUCUCAAUCUAUGGAACUCUAUCAAAAUUUGGGGCAGGUUUAUUUUUAUUAGCCCAAGUAAUUAUAUUGUUAGACUUUACACACUCGUGGAACGAUGCAUGGGUUGCAAAAGAUGAACAGAAGUGGUACAUUGCUUUGCUUGCUGUAUCAGUGGGAUGCUAUCUUGCAGCAUUUACAUUCUCGGGGAUUCUGUUUAUUUGGUUCAAUCCUUCUGGUCAUGAUUGUGGCCUCAAUGUUUUCUUCAUUGUCAUGACCAUGAUCCUGGCAUUUGCUUUUGCAGUAAUUGCAUUGCAUCCACAGGUGAAUGGGAGCCUAUUGCCUGCUUCUAUAGUUUCUGUUUAUUGUGCUUAUGUGUGCUAUACCGGUCUCUCUAGUGAACCUCGAGAUUAUGCUUGCAAUGGUCUUCAUAACAAAUCCACAGCGGUCUCCAUGAGUACACUUAUUCUCGGGAUGCUCACAACAGUUCUCUCAGUCCUAUAUUCGGCUCUCCGUGCUGGUUCUUCAACAACCUUUCUAUCCCCACCAUCUUCUCCAAAAGCAGAAGCUGGGAAGAAGCCUCUGCUUCAGUCAGAAGAGUUGGAAGCUGGGAAGGAAAAGGAGGAAAAAGAAGCACGGCCAGUGAGUUACUCCUACACCUUCUUCCACAUGAUAUUUGCUUUAGCUAGCAUGUACUCAGCCAUGCUUCUUUCCGGGUGGACCGACUCUUCCGGGAGCUCAGAUCUGAUUGAUGUUGGUUGGACUUCGGUUUGGGUUCGAAUCUGCACAGAGUGGGUUACUGCAGGACUAUACGUUUGGACCAUCAUUGCCCCUCUUAUCUUUCCUGAUCGCGAGUUCUAGGUUUUCUUCUCAUGGUACAUUUUGAGUUCAAGGGGCUGCAUGUUGAUAUUUGAGUUUUUUUUUUUUAAUGUUCCUGUGCCAUAUUUGAAUCUUCCACUAAUGUAUUAUAAAGCCAACUUGUGUAAUACCCUGUUUGCUCAAUUGUUAACGUAAAAUUUGUAUCCCGCUUGUAAUAGAAAUUGCGACAUCAAUCUCUCUCACUGUGGGGCAAGACAGCGUGGACGGGGGAUUAGUCUGAGUACCUCGUGACACCACCAGUGAUCAUAUAUCAUGUAACUAUAUGAGCUGAGGGUGCUAAGACACUCGGCGAGCAAUAAUGUUCAAAUUAAUUUACUUUUCAAUAGUAAUAGUAAUAAUUAGCAAUAAUAAUUAAUAUAA